CUUCCGGCGGGGCCUGGUGUCCGCGGCGCGGCCAUGGCGGAGCUGACGGACACGGAGCUCCGGAAGGAGCUGGUGGCGCUCGGUUACCGGCCGGGCCCCAUCACCGCCACCACCCGCAAGGUCUACAUCAAGAAGCUGGGCUGCCUGCGGGCCGAGGUGGCGGCGGCCAAGCGCACGGGGCGCGGCGCCCCAGCGAGCCCGGGCCGCGCCGCCGCCAGGCCGCAGCAGGCCUCGCCCUCCCGCCAGCGCUCCGGCUUCAACCCCCCCCUCGGGGCCGCCCGAGACAGUGAGGAGGAGGAGGAGGAGGAUGAGGAUGAGGAAGGGGGGAAUCCGCCCGCGUCCCGCUGGGGGACGUCUGGGGAGGGAGACGGGCUGUCCUGGGGGGAGUCCCGGGGGUCCCCAGCGGGCCGGGGCGGGGGGUUGAGCGGCAGGGCUGAGGGAGGCCUGUCCCGGGACAGCGCCGGGGGGCUGAGCCCCUCGCUGCAGUGGGACACUUCCGUACAGAGAAGCGGGGGGUUCGGGGCUGGGCUGGGGUCGGCUCUGGAUGGGCUGAAGGGGUUGAGCUCCCCCGCCCCGUGGGGCGCGUCCUCGGAGAGAAGCGGGGGGCUGGGAGGCGGGACGAAGCCGUCCCUGGAGCGGGGCGGGGGGCUGAGCCCCACGUCCGCGGAGAGGAGCAGGGGGCUCAGCGCCGGGCUGGGGUCCUCUCUGGAUGGGUUUCGGGGGCCGGGCUCCUUGUCCCAGUGGUACUCGUCAGAGAGGAGUGAGGAGCUGGGCGCUGGGUCUGAGCCACCCCUGGAUGGGUUUCGGGGCUCGGGCUCCUCGGUGCAGUGGGGGAUGUCAACGGAGAGAAGCGGGGGGCUCAGCAGUGGGUUAAGGCCGUCCCUGGACAGGUUUCGGGGGUCGAACUCCACGUCCCAGUGGAGCACGUCUGUGGAGAGAGGUGGGGGGCUUGGCAUCAGGGCAGGGACAUCCCUGGAUGGGGUUGGGAGGGCGAGCUCCACCUCCUCCUGGGGUAUCUCCUCAGGCAGGAGCGGGGGGCUCAGCUCCAAACCCCUUUCCAGCGAUGAGAGUGGGGGUCUGAAGUCCAGGAGCCAUUGGGGUAUAUCAGGAGGAGGAAUUGGGGGCCAGAGCUCCCAAGCUGAGUGGGAAACAGGAGGGGAAAGGAAGGGGCUCUCCUCUAACAGCUCCUGGAGGCAGGAAAGUGAGGUGACCCACUGGGGCACCUCGGCAGGCUCCGGGGGGUUGAGCUACCAGUUUGGGAGAGGGAAGGAGGACUCGGCUUCCAGCGUUCGGAAGGAGGCAGAGAGGGAGCUGAACCCCAGCAGCCGGGGAGGGGGGUUGAUCCGGAGGUUCCCGUGGAGGGCGACGAGCGACGCAGGGCUGGCCGCGGGGAGCCGGUGGGAAGUGUCGGGAAUGGGGCAGGGAAUAACCUCCCGCACUCCCUUGUUGCGGUCAGCCCCCAAGCAGCAGACGGAUGGAAAGGGCAAAGGCCUGGAGUACUACCUGUCCCAGUUCCUUUGCCUUGCCAGCUUCCUGCUGCUGCUGAUUUUUCUGGGCAUCCUGGUGGUGAAGAUGAUCGGGUCAGGCUGGCUUGACAGAAGAGAGGAGAACUUUAAUCUCUUGCCAGUGGAUUGUGACAAAAGGAAGGAUGAUUUCUGUCAAGCUAAAGAGAAGGAUGUAGUGAUAAACGUGCUGCACGAGUUGUAUAACUACCUGUCUGUACAAGCUGGUAAUUUUGAAUGUGGAAACCCUGAGAAUCUAAAAAGCAAAUGCAUUUGGGUUAAUGAAGCAAAGGAUCACGUGGUGAAUAUAACUGGUGGUUCCCCUCAGAAGUUUGAAGCUGCCCUGCACUGGGUACUGAACAGUAACAAGGAUUUAGGAAUAUGGUUGAAAGGCAGAGACCUUUCAGAACCAGUUACCAAGGUGGAGGAAGUGUUCUGCCUGGAAUCAGCCCAUCCUCAGAUGGGGCUCGGCUGCCGUUUCCGUCGGGCAGUGGUCACUGCCAUUAUGAACCUUUUCCUGUUUUUCUGGUGUCUGCUGACUCUCUGGGGGAUCCUGCUCUUCCUUAGGUAUCGCUGGCGGAAGAUGGAGGAAGAGGAACAAGCCAUGUAUGACAUGGUGAAGAAGAUCAUAGCUGUUGUCCAGGACCACUACAAGGAAUGGGAACGGAAUUUGGAGCGUUAUCCCUACGUUGGCAUUUUCCACGUUCGGGACAGUCUCAUCCCUCCCCAGAGCAGGAAAAAAAUGAAGAGGGUCUGGGAGAGAGCUGUGGACUUCCUGGCUUCAAAUGAGUCACGGAUUCAGACAGAGUCCCACAGGGUGGCAGGAGAGGACAUGCUGGUGUGGAGAUGGACUCAGCCUUCUUACGUCUCGGAUUCGGAGCACUGAAGAGGAGCAGAAGCUGAGCAGCUGUUGCUGUGGACCUCUGCGAGGGGACAGUCCCUUCUCUGGUGGUGGGAAAGAGCAGGUCAUGGUCCUGAUCUUGUAGAGCUGGGGUUUGCACUUAUCUGUUUGCUCUUCUUUCUGAAAAUCUUCACGGACAAAAAUUCAGGGCAAUAACGUUGGCUUGGAAAGAAGAUGGGCUUGAGCUGGUGGGAAGCUAGAAUUGCACCAAAGUUAGUCUUCCAGCAGAUAUCUGGCUUCCAUUGGAGAGCAAACCUGGAACAACUUUUUAAAAACAAACAAACAAAAGAAAACAACAUACCUGAUACUGAGGGAUUUGGGAUCUCUCUGGCAAAGGUGUUUUAAAUUUGACCUCAAUUCUGCAAAAGCCAACUGGUGGCAAGGUCCAUCAGGGAAUGUGUUUAAAGAAGAUUUAACAUUUCCCAUGGAAACGUUAGGGUGGCAGUUAAGAUGCAUUUUGUUAGGAUUUGUUUUUAUUGGUACAGAUGAAAGCACUUGCUGCUUCCUACUGAGGAAAAUGUUGGUGUCAGCUUCACCCUUUCAAAAUGGAGUGUGGGGGGGGAAAUCAGGUGAGGGUAUUCCUUGAGGGAGGGCAGUCUGAGGUGCCUUGGUGGUUUGGGUUGGGUUGGGUGGGAUGGAGGAGUGGUUGUCACCCUGUUACAUUCUUUUAAGUCUGCAGUCUGUGUGCUUUACCAUUUAUUUUUUUUUUUUGGGGGGGGGGGGUGGGGAAUUUUGGGUGGAAAAUAAAGGCUAUAGGAAGCUUCCCAAAGUGCUUUCUGGUGGCUCCAGCCAAAGGGACUGCUUCGUGGGCUCCCACAGAGCAGCUUUGGGAAGGCUUUUGGAGCUGAAUGUACAUGUUUCUCCUGGGCAGCUGCAAUGUGUGUGCUGUGUGUCAGAGCAGAGAUGUGCCACGUGUGGGGUGGCAGCACAGGGAUUGGUUGCCAAGGCCAUGUUCCUGCAGCCUCACCACAGGUCCAAAGAGCCGUGAUCAAUUCUCUGCUGGCCCUACAGGCUUUGUAUUUUGUAUCUAUAAUCAUUUGCUUACUUCAGUUCCUUUUUAUGUCCAGCAAAUGAAUGUUUGUUCUAAAGAAAAUAGCACCAGUGUGUGGCAGUUUAGGCUUAGGCAGAGAUACUGCUGAUCUGCUCUUCCCAGUGUUGGAAAGCAGAUGUCCAGCUCUCCACUAAGGACUGCAGAGGCCCCUUCCCUACCUCCUGCUGUGCUCCUCAGCCAAAAGGAGUGGAGAGAGGAGGUGGCUUCAGGAACAAAACACAGGGAGGCCUUUCCCAUUAAGUAGGAAAUAUCCUGCCUGGAGUUGACUCUUACCCCAUAGUUUCUUUUUGGUUGCAAAGGUUGAGUGUUUGAACAGAAGAGGAGACUCAGCAGCUGUCUUAAGACAGUGGCCAGCUUCUUCCACUGGUAAUAAAACAGAGGAUAAGGUGAAGGCAGCCUUGAUCCUUCCAAAAGGUUGUAACAAGAUCUUCAACUGCUGCCAUAGGAAUUUUUGCAAACACCAGUGCCUACGUUCUUAAGCCUUUUUAAAGUAUUUGUGGGGUUUGGGUUAGCUUUUUUUUUUUUUUAACAGUCCAAAUCCAGAAGUGCAGAGUCAGUCAUUGCAGUCAUCUUUUUGUAUUAAACUCGUUUUUGUAGAACAAAUUUCCCUGGCUUGGUGCUGUUUGUAUGUUCAAUUUAGCUCUGUAAAUCCAUAUAUAAAAUAAAUUUAUUACAAACAA